UCCUCUCCCCCUCGCUGUUUUUUUUUCUCCUUCCAUUGCGUCCGGACCCUCAGCAGUAAACGUGUGCAGACAAAGAAACGACUCCAUCAUGAUAUACCCGAAGCUUUACCUACGGCUCUUUACUUUCCUGGCAAUAAUAACUCUGCUGCCUCUUUCAGAUGUAUCAAGUGAGAGCACGCUGCACAAACUCCUGAAGAAGAGAGAAGUCGAGGGUGAGGUGAAGGCAGCAGAGGCUGUGGUUGUUCCUCCCACUAAGGCCAAGCAGUUCCUGGCUUCUCUCAGAAGGCCUAAGAGGAACCUGUGGGAUCGAAGCCGUCCUGAUGUGCAGCAGUGGAUCCAGCAGUUCAUGUACCUGGGGUAUGAUGAGGCGAGACUCGAGGCCGACCUGGCUUACUGGAAGGACCAAGCGCUCUCUACAGAUCAGGGACGGCAGCAUCACUACGAUGAAAACGCUCCCAUGGGCCCUCGAUACGCCACCUCUAACAGACACGGAGCAAACGUCAACUAUGACUACUAUUAGCUUUCCUUUCUCCUCAGGAAUGACCUCAUCAAGGCUAAAUCAAGUGAUACAUUUCUGUAAUGCUGUGAGACAGCAUACAUUGUUAAAAGCACUAUAAAUAUAAAAUCUAAUUGAACCGAACUACGUGAUAAAGAAAUCCUUAAAGAUUUGAAUGAUGACAUUUCUCACAGUUAUCAGUAACAUUAUUGAUUAUCUUGGUCACCUGUAAUACAUCAAUAUAAUCAAUACUAACAGCUUUAGCUUUAGAGAACUCCUCUUUCCCUCAAUAAUCAAAAGCAUGCUGGGAUGCAAAGCAAGUAGUAUAACUUGUAGAGAAGUACAGCCUUUAUAGUUUUACGUAAUAUUUCUUUUUUUUCUGCUUUGACAUACCGAAAAAGUAAAUAAGUCUCUCUCCUGCUCAGACGCUUGAAGUUUUAAGUCCACAAAACAGCAUUUACUUUGCAAUUUAAUGUUAAAAUUUUAAAUAUUUCUUUCCUUUUGUUGUGUGUGCAUGCAUUUAUAUUCAAUGAUCAGUCAGCUGAUAUGUACAGCAAAAAAAACCAAAAACAAAAAAAAACAAACAAACAAAUAAAGCUUGAUAUCAGGCUAACUGCUCACUCAAACAUAUUGCAGCAAUCUUUUUUUUCACCUGUUACCAAAGAAAAAUGAAAGAAGAGUGAGAGUUAAAAUGCAGUAUAAUGUACACUGUAAAUAUUUUAUUAAAAUAACUUUUGUUUUUCACCUGAAA